UGUCAGUCCAUGGCCGACUGUCGCCGAGAUAGCUCCUAUAGUCUAAAACCGGUGCAUGAUGUCCGAAGCCGAGGAUGCCUCGAUCCUCGGCAGUAACCUGACAGCGGUGGAGGCUAUCUCGGCGAAAUUGGCGGAGGUGACGCGUCUCGCGGAAAAACUGGACGCGAGACUAUGCGAGGCUGGAGCGAGAACUCGGCCGAUGUCUAUUCCUACCGCCGUGACGUCCUCCGCGUCGUCCUUGCUCUCGAUAUCGGCCAUGUCGUCGCCAGUCACGCCCAGCCACACGACUUCGACUGCGAUUGCACCGGUGUCGGCCGAUGCUUCGGCGUCUGUGACGACUCCAGUUCACCCGACGUCUUCGAAAACCACGUCGGCGAUUAUCGCGUCUUCGUCAGCGACGUCGACAACGACGACGCAUAGGCAGUUACAAGCAGGGUCGUCUACGCACGAACGCACAGCUUCCACUUGCGCGAUGUCCACCGAUGCAGCUAAGCCAGUUGCUUCUGUAAUGGAAAAACCCGACGAGAGUUCACAUGGUGUCGCCUCGCAUUCCACGGAGGAUGUUCAAGCGCCGAAAGAUUCCAGCAUUAAGGAACCUGCCGAGAAUCUUUGCAGCGAAAGUGCAGUGGAGGAAUACAAUGUGGAAAAUUAUGCGACGGCGACCGAGUGCUCGACUCCGACUAUGCUGCGCUCCAGAAGCGAAUCAUUCGUGACGUCGCCGGAGUACGAAGAUCUCCCUGUCACGGCAUCCGCGACGCCUUCGUGUUCUGGUUUCACUUGGUGGACCACCGAAACGCCCAAGCUGGUUACUACAACCGCGCCCGUUGCUUCCGCCGCGAGCAACGAAAACCAGACGCUGAAAGUGGCGGAAACAACAUCGAGCGUUUCCACCAUCAACGGAAUGAAGCCAACGGCACGAGUCGAAACGAUGGAGAAGAUCACAGACGAGAGGUUCGGCAGAAUUGUGAAGGAAGUUACCGAGACGACUGUUUUGCGCGUGUCGCACGACAUUCGAUUAAACGUAGCCUCUUACAAAUUGACGUCAAAUACGAUGCAGGACCAUCGGCAACACACUGACGCGAGAGAGAUUCAAAACUUGGAACGCGUGCUGCCAGUGGAAUGUCGUGAGAAAACGAACGGCAUUCACGAUUUGGAUCUCGGCCUGUCUUUGAUCAAAGACUCCGACAAGUAUGUCGAGAAAUGCCCGAAGAAGGUUCAAUCGGACCAAAAUAUUGCGACGAAAUUCGCGAAAGUUCGGGAACACGCGUUGAAUGAGAGCUCGCGUUCAGCUACGGGUUUGAGGGAAUACGAAGACGUAGCAUUGUCCACGCAGGACCUCCUGCGACAUCACGAGGACAGCGGCAUCGAGAUGUCGCCGAUGAAGAAGGACGACAAUUCGGAAGGCGAGGAUUUCCUCGAGAGAGCGAGGAAGAGCGGCGAAUGGCUGAAGCUGAAAAUACUCGAGGUGCAGCCAGAGCUAACGAAGCUCGGUGGUUCUGUCAAGGAAGCCACGGAACUCUCGAACGCGCACGACCAAGUGUUGCUUCGACUGCAGAACAAGCAGAGCCCGGUGGAGGAAUUGCUACGUCAGGCCGAUCAGUUGAUUUCGACCCAACGACCGAGAGCAGAAGUGUACACGGCUAUGGCGGAGACGCUGGGUCAAGCGUGGCGUGAUGUGAAUCAACUUUUGGAACGUCGCAAGGAGAUACUCGAGCGAAAUGUGUUAUUUCAAUGCCGAGCGGCGGAAUGCAGGGAGAGUAUGGAUGCGUUGGAAAUGGCGUGCAACGACACGUUGUUGCCGAUCGAGAUCGAAGCUGUGAAAAAUUUCCUGUCGAAGAUUCAGGAUCUUCGCAAGGAUAUGUUGGAAGCGUUGAUGGGCGCGUUGAGAGAGGGCAAGAUGCUGUUGGACGGACUGAAGGAAUUGGCGAACGAAGGCACUGUGGACUCCAGACCGGACAGAAUCAAGGAGGAAGCAGAACAUGCUGUGGUGCGAGUCGAAAGGUGGUUGGAAGAACUUCACGACAGGAGGCGGCUGAUCGAGGCGUCUUUUCGCAGUAGAAAGACCCAGUUGGAGCAAUGUCUCGCUCUCGCGUUGCUCGCGACCGAUCUUCGCGAUCUCGAGGAGGUCCUCAACGACCGGAUCGCCGCUCUGGCCGGCAGUUGCGAUCAAUUGGGAGAUUCCGCGUCUAGCGUGGAAUUGCUCCUCUUUGAAUUGAAGAAGCUGCAAAACGAGGCGAAGGAAUUCCAAGACCGGUCCAUCAAGAUAACUAAAUCGACCGAACGAUUGGUGUCAUCGGGACACUUCGCUGGCGAACAAGCGACCGAACAGGCGUACGCAAUUCUUGGCGCCGCCGCCGAUUACGUCAACGACUUGGAUCAGUACAACGCGUUAUUGAACAAGGCGAUGUCAUUUUUCGAGUCUGCACGAUCAGCUAUCACGAAACUGGAUCAGUUGGAGAUCCAACUGAUGACGACGGAGCAUCCUCCUUACUCCACGCGACUCGCGCGUUUUCACGCGCAGACAGCGGCUACGACAGAGGAUGUGACUUCGAAACCUUUGUCGGAAGGAUACGCGCUGCUGGACAUCACGGGAAGAGGAGCGCCCGGUGCCGAGGGCGUGAAAAAUACCGUGGAGGAACUGGAGAGUCGCAAGAUCCGCUUGACGGAACGAUGCACGGCCCACAAAGAGGAGAAUCUGGAGAUCUCGAGGAUGCUCGCUGUAUUUUUAGACAAGCACGAGGAGCUACGGGUCUGGCUGAACAGCGUUGCCAAAGGCUUCCUGCAGGGACAUCAGGACAUGGGCAGCGAUCUGGCGAUGGCGUGCGAUUUCCGUCGAGUUCACUGCCAGCUGUUGACCGAUUUGGAGGACAAGAGCGUCGAGGUGGAUCAUUUGGAAUUGGAGAUCCUUCCGAUAAUAGAGCGCCUGGAAGAAGCACAGAAGUACGAAGUGCGAGCGAAAAUCAAGGAACUCGAGGACGCGUGGACGAAAACGAAAAUCACCGUGGCGAAGAGAAUCGAACUGGGCACGACUUAUAUACAGUUUCACGAGGUCGCCGAAGAACUUUCCAAUGAAAUGGAUUCUGUCGACAACGAGUUGAAAAUGAGCGAAAACGCGUCAAACGAAGGGAGAAUCGGCGAGCUGGAAAGAAAAUGGGAGGCUCUGGAAUCUCUUUAUAAGAAACUCAAUAAUCGUGCCAAAACGUUUCACGACGAAGCAGACAACGUUGAAGAUUCUUACCUCGAUAUAUCGAGAGCUUGUCUGUGCGUUCAGACUAUUUUGGACAAGUUCGCUAAUCGUCAAUUGGUCGUGACGGAGUCGUGGGAAAAAUGGCAAACCACCAUCGAAAUCGCAAGGCAGAGGCGGAUCGAGCACGAGCGGAAAAUCGAAGAAAGCACGAAAACAUUAGCGUGGGUUUCAAAAUUCGAAAUGAAACUGUAUCCGGUAAUAACAUCAUACUCCUCCAGAGUAACCGACAUUCUGGAUAAUUUGAAGGGCGCGAGGGUGCGAGUCUUGCUUGAAUUAAACAAAGCGGCCCAGGAAUUAGAUACUAGAAUCAAAGGUAUUCAAGUAUUCGCUGAAAAAGGAGAAACCAAGGCAGCUGAGCAGGUCUUAGGGAGACUCGUGCAAAUGUAUGACAAGGUGAACGAUGCUGCCAAAGAUUACGAGAUGCUGCUAGAAUCUCUCAUCUCCAUCUUCAAGAGCCUCGAGGAGAUCGAACAUAAGAUCGAUCGAGCGAGGCAAGAAAUCGAACACGUGUCGAGCUUCACGAAGCUGAUCGACGUGGACAGUGCAUUAAACGAACUUGACGCACUCAAGACAUCUAUUACGGAAUCUCUGCUGCGAGUGCGCACCAAAUCUGAGGAAGUGAUUGGCAACAUUAGGCUGCAGGAGCCGGUGGAAUCAGCGGUGCAGGAUAUCGAGAAGCUGAGGCACGCGAUGGACUUUGUAGACGCCCAGCUCGAGUCGUUUCAAGCGGAGAUCUUCAGCCGUCUCGAGAAACAUCGACGACUUUGUGUCUUUAGGGAGGAUGUCGAGAGAAUUGACUCGGACCUGCGUGACUUAAACGAACAAUUGAAGACUAUAGACGGGAGAAUCGGCGAGAAUUUGUCGGCGUCGAGAGCGACGUUGACUGCUUUCGAGCAGUUUGAGCAAACUAUAACGAUUUUGGAAGAGAGAAUCGAAACGUUCGUGAAGAAAACGGAGGAGACGAUUGUCCUGUUGGCGCCACAAGUGAUGGACGAUAUCUCAUCCCUGCGAAACAGGUGGGACCUCUUGCGGAAGCGCGUCAAAGACACCAAGAAGCGGAUAAAUCUGAGCAUCGACUACUUCCUGCUCUUGGAGGAGGCGAAACAAUGGUUCAGAGAAGGCAGUAAACUCCUGGUGAUCGUCGCGCGUAAGGCUACGACCGUGAAAAUGCCCGAAGAGGCUACCGAGUUAUUGCGAGAGAUCGAUGCUUACAUAAAACCGGGAGAGGAGCAGCAAGAGAAGCGGAUCGAGAAGCUCAAGGAACUAUCCACCAUAGUUUUUCGCACCGACAGACUUCCGCAAUUCAACGAGGUGGUAGUGGAGAACCGGCAGGUGCUAGAUUCCUUCGCGGUUGUCUCUUCCGAGCUGCGCACUCUGAGCCAGAACUUGCAGAACGCCGAGGAUCUUCGAGAGAGGCUGAGAAUCGAGAAGCUAGAGGCCGACAAGAAGCUGCAAGCUGCCAAGAUAGAGAUGGCUGCGGCGGAAGCUGCCAAAGUGGAGGCGGAAAAUGCAAGGAGACUCGCGGAACAACUGGCGGCCGAGACUUUGGACAAAGCCGCGACAGAAGCGAAGAGAUUGAAGGAGCAGGAGCUGGAAGCGCUGAAGAUCGCCAUCCCCGUCUCUCACUCCGUCUCCGCUCAAACCGACGAGACUGUGGUCGAGGAAACCGUCACUUCCGCUGUGACAACGAAGGAGAUUCACAUACUUCAGAAGAUGGAGAUUGAGAAGAGCGUUCCGGUUGUUCAAAAGGAAGCCAGUCCACCGAGGAAGCUCGUGCUCGUGGACGAUGAACCUCUCGAUGAUAGCAAAGGCGUAUCAGCGGAGGAAACCUCGUUGGCUCCGGAAUUCACGGUUCCUCUGAACGACGCGACGGUUCAGGAAGGCAAGGAAUUCAAUUUCGUGUGCCACUUGGUCGGUCAUCCUGUGCCGGAGAUAGUCUGGUACAAAGACGGAAUAUCGAUACUGAAUAAUCCAGAUUACUUGACGACCUACGUCCACGGUGUGUGCACUUUGAAGAUAGAGGAGACGUUCGCCGAGGACUCCGCUAAAUACACUUGCCGCGCAUUCAAUAUCCUCGGCUCGACCGAAACGUCAGCCACCCUCGCCGUGAAAGAGACCGUCGCAGAAGAGCAGCUGAGAGCUCCCGUUUUCGUGAAGGAAUUGCAACCCUCCACCGCGAGAGAGGGAUGUUCGCACAGUUUGGAGUGCACCGUCGAGGGAAAUCCUCUUCCAACGGUGCAGUGGUACAAGAACGACGUCAACAUCGACAAUUCGCCGGACUACGUGAUCACUUUCAACAACGGGGAAGCUAUCCUGAAGUUCGACGAACUGUUCUUGGAGGACAAGGCUCUCUAUACCUGCAAAGCGACGAAUCGAUUGGGCCAAUCGUCCACUACCGCUUCUCUCGACGUACAACCGGCGCAGAUCACCACGAAGAAACCGUAUUUCGUGGUACCACUGUCAAACGCUAUGGCCAGAACGGGGCAGAGGGUGAAACUGGAAUGCGAAGUCGACGGGAACCCGAUGCCUGAGUUAAGCUGGACUCGCGAUGGGAGGCCGAUUGAGGAUACUAAAUAUUAUAAGAUUCAAACGGACGGGGCUCGAACGAGCUUGAUCAUCACGGAAGCUUUCCCGAAGGAUGCCGGAUGUUAUACGGUGACCGCCAAGAACGACGCCGGAGAAGCCAUCAUAUCGUGCACCGUUUCCGUAAAGGGACGAUUGCCUCACGAAACCAACGACUCCGACUUAGUCUGCAGCGACACGGAGCCAAUAGUUCCGAAGUUUCAAUUACCCUUACGCGAUCUUAAGAUCCAAGAAGGACGGUCGGCUAGGUUGGAUUGCGUGAUCGUGGGCCAGCCUGAGCCGGAGGUAAUCUGGUAUCACGACGAGCAACCCGUGAAAGAGUCGUCGGACUUCCAGCUGCUCUUCCAAGGUGACAGGUGCUCCUUAGUCAUCCACGAGGCUUUCCUGGACGACGCCGGUACAUACAAAGUAGUCGCCAUUAAUUCUGGCGGCGAAGCUUCUAGUCAGUGCACAUUAACAGUUACACCGGUAUCUCAGCCGGACGUAACUGAUCGAACACAGGGAGGAGAGGAAACUCUCGUAAGUGGUUCCGCACCGAAGUUCGUCAGACUCCCGACGGAUUUGCUUGUGGCCGAGGGCGAAGAUGCGGUUUUCGAGUGUGCCGUAACCGGAGAACCUAAACCUGACUUGAGAUGGUACUCGACGGACGAUGGUGAAGUCAUUCACGACGGGAGAAUAAUAAUCGAAGAGAAGGAGGAUGGGACGAGGAUCUUGAAAAUUUCGUCGACGAAGCCGGAAGAUAAAGGCAAUUAUGUGGCCAAGGCCGUAAACAUCCAUGGCGAGGCGAAAGCUUUCGCCAGAUUGGUUGUGAGGUCGCUCGGUGACUUUAAGAGGAACGAAGAGUUCGUCCGGAUGGAGGAGAAGUUGAUUUUGCCAACGUUCAAGGAAGUAUUUGAGGACAGGAGAGUGCCCGAGGGUGUAUCCACGAAAUUCGAGUGCAUCGUUAGUGGAAAACCUUCCCCUAAGAUUCAGUGGUUGUUUAAUGAUCGGCCGGUUCAUGGGAAGGACUUCCUGGUGUCCGUUAGCGGCGAUCGACAGGUUCUGACGAUUCCCGAGGUCGGCGAUGCGCACAUCGGCACGAUCACCUGUAUAGCGGAGAACGCGGCUGGCAGAGCGGUUUGCAGCGCUCAGGUGGAAAUCGAUACCGAAUCGGUGAAACAAGGUGCAAACGAGGUCGAGAGAGUGCUCGAGCUGGUUCCGAGUCCUCCUGCGGAAAUCAUGCAUCCCGCGAGCAGCAGCGAGAAACACUUCUCGAGCGAGAAGACGUAUCACGAGGGCGGCGCCGAGAGUCAAGUGCUAACCAAGAUGUCAUCGACUGUCACGCACUCCUCGACGACGUCUACGAAGAAAGAAUUCGUGUCGUCCACCAUGACCUCCAGUUUAUCGCAGUCUGGACAAGAACCCAGCAGCGUUUGCACGAAAACAACUGUGCAAAGUUCGGAACAAUCCGUCUCGGAAAACGAUGCACCACCUGUCGUACAGUCUCACAAAAUCGAGGAGUAUGAGAAGAUCGUGCAGGAGCAGCCCGGCGAGGUGCGACAGGAGAAGACCGUCGUCGUGUCCGAGGGGACGGGCGGCCUCAAGUCCGACGUCAAGACAAGCCAAAUUCAGAAACCGUCCAGGAAGCCGAUAGCGCCCAGAUUCGUCUCGCCGAUCACGGGGAUGAUCGUCGAUCAAGGCGCGGAUGUCGUUCUCGAGGGCAUUAUCGACGGUUUCCCACAACCGUCGAUCUUGUGGUUGAAAAACGGCCAAGAGCUGAUGUCGAAGGACUGUGCGACGAUCAGUUACGCUCACAAUCAUGUGAAAGUGGAGCUGAAGAAUGUCAGCGUGAAGGACGCGGGACGUUACACCUGCACGGUGAGCAACGAAGUCGGGAGCGCCAGCAGCACGGCCGACCUCGUAGUCAAGAAAACGAUAUUCCCGCCGGUCUUCGGCAAGCGGCUCAAAGCUCAAGUGGUGAAGAAGGGAGAUCGCGUUAUAAUGGAAGUCGAAAUCACCGGUAUACCCGAGCCGACGGUUACUUGGUACAAGAACGACGUGCCGAUCAAUAAACGACCACCGGAACUGAGAAUCACUCAACAAGGAAAUUGCUACACGUUGCUCAUAGAAAAAGUCGGCGAAGAAGAUGCUGGCAAAUACAUGGUACGAGCAACAAACGCCGGCGGAGAGGCGCAGAGCAUCGCUGAUGUCGCAGUUUUCGAGCCAAAGCCCGACACUAUGGUCGAGGUGCACAAGACCGUUGUUUACGAAAACGUCCAUGAUAAAGGCGUCGUUCAGUCCGAGGGGAAGAAAGACGAGAUAUUAUCGAGCACUUUGAUGAGCGAACCAACGAUAUUGAUCCAACCGAGCGCGUUUUUCAAGCCAACUGCGACAUUGGCAUCAACCACUAUCGACACCGUGCAGAAAAUCGACAAGCCGGAGAUCAAGAGCAAUAAAUCAGAGACGAUAUCAUCCAUAAUCGAAUCCCACGAAUCCGAGACAAAGUCGGAACAGAAGUUCCACAUGAAACUGGAACAUAAAACUCCACCGAUUGUGGAAUCGAAGACUCGAAUCGAGCAAACGAUCACGACGAAGGAAAUCGACCGUGAUGUAAAGGAUAUCGCGGAGCCUUUCACGAAGUUGGAGGAUAGAGUAAUGACCGAGAACGAAAACAUCGAGACCUCGACGAUCGCAAAGAAAGAUGCGCUGAGUUAUUUCGAAUCCAUUACGAAGGAGAGCGACGCAGCACCGAAAGGACCGAAAGGGAUGAUCAAGCUGACGGAGGACGGACAGGUUCAAGAAGCGAAAGUCGGAGAACUGAUGAAGAGUUACGAGCGGGUAGCAACUUCUUACGAAGUGAAGAAACCGGAGCCGAGACCGUCGGACUUCCAAGCGACGAAAAAGACGGUCCAGGAUAUUUUCACGAAAUUGGAGUUGGGCCCGUCGCCUCGCGGUGUGGAGAACAAGCUGUUCGAUUUCCCGUAUGAGACUCCAAAGCUGCCACCGAUGGAGGUGAAGAAGACGACUUUCGAGGACACCACGCUAGCUUCCGACUCGUCGCAGCUACGGAUUCAGACGAAGAGCAGCGAGACGAUGAUGAAGAGUUUCAGCCUGGUGCCGGAACCGCCUCCCGAGAUCUGUUACAUGCCGAAGCCGGAAGAGUCUAAAAAAAAACGUCCCGAGGUGUUCGUCAAGGCGAAGCAGCUUCAGGAGUCUUUUGAUAAGACGCUGUCGCCGAUAGAAGCCCCGAUCGGUGGUGUGAAGAUCUUCCCCACUCCCAAAGCACCGGAACCCGCCAAAGUUAUCACUACCACCCCUGCAUUUACGAUCCCACCCCCGUUCGAAUUGGAGAAGAAAGAAUCAUUCGAGGAGACAUGCGUGAGGAAGGAUACGUAUGAAAAGAAGGACGGCAAAUCCUUCAAGGAGGAGAAAACGGAGCCGUGGAGAUACGCGCCGACGUCCGUUUUGAGCACCUCUCCCAUCAGACCGUGGUCUUCGUCGUCGGACGUGGAGACCAAGUCGCACGUGUCCACGGACUUGUCGGAAUACAGGUGUCAAUCGGCCGCCUCGAGCCAGGAGAUGGUGAGGUCGACGUCGCCGAAGCCGUCCGCGGACGGUCUGGCGAUGGAGAAGUCGUGGGCGAAGAAAUACGCGGAUUCGAAUAGGAAAUCGUGGCCGCCUCAGGUCGAGACCGCUCAGAAGCGCGAAUGGAACAUCCCCGUGGACGAGUACAAGAGCACCACGAGGGAGUUCAAACAGGAGGUCGAGGAGAGACCGCAUGGUGGGAUAAAGAAAACCAGUAUGGACUCGUCCGCCAGUGUGGAGAAACGCUCGUGGAGCAGCAAGGAAGAGUUCACGGAGAAGAUAUCGGAGGCACCUCCGCCCGCCACCAAACUCGGUCCGAUCAUCUAUAACGCCGAGACCAUCAAAGUCGAUCACACCGUGAACACCAUGCAGGAGAAGACCUUCUUCGAGAAACGCGUGAGCGAGCGUAACGCGGAGAAAGCGGGGACGACGCGCAAAUCUGAGGAAUUCAGUACGAAACAUUGGACGCAUGGUGAAGAUCUGAAGGCGCCCAGCUUGGUGAAGAAAAUCGAGCCGGCCGUGAAGCCGUUCACGACGUCGCGUUACUUCACGGAGUCAACGUCGCUCGUCCUCGAGCCGGGCUCCCCGCCGGAGAUCGGCUACAUCCCGCCGGCCGUUGCACAAGAGCAGGUCGUGCCGGAGCAUAUCGUGCAAACGAAGAGAGAGGAGCCGCCGGUGCUCCCGCCGAAAGACGUGCGCAUCACGCCGCCUCCUAUACCGUCUAAGAAGCCGGCCAAGAUCUCAACGCCGACGCCGACUCCGACGAAAUUCAUUAAAGGUACUUUCGGCCAGGAGAGCGAUUACGAGUCUGAUUUCGACGGUCAUCUGAGGGCGAAGUGGAGGCCUUACGAGAGCGAUAACGAGGAGCCGCACUAUCGGAAAGUGAAAGCGCCCAUUCCGAAACAGCCGACGAGGCCGAGAUCCACCGAGCCCGAGCCGCUUCCACCGUCGAAAUUCGAGACCCCGGGGACGCAAUUUGCCGGGCCGCCCCGACCGCUCGUGAUCGCGGACUCCGUCGAGAAGACUACGAAGAAAACGAUGUUCAAGCGAUACGAGAAGGAGUCCUCCAAGCAGCAACCAAGCCCGAUAGCCCUGAGACCUGGUUCUCCGCCGAUCUACGUGCAGCCGAGCGUGAAGAGUCCCGCGCCGAAAUCUCCGCCCGCGAAGAAACCGGAAUCCCCGAAGUUCAAGACAAAGAUCUUUCAGCAAGAGAGCGGUUACAUGGCGGACACCGACGAGCCGUUCCAGCAGAAGGUUUCCACCACGAUGAUGCAGAAGAGUUUCGGGAAGCGUGACGGCUCCAGCAUGACGGUCCAUACGGAGAGCCGCACCUCGAGUACGGACAGUAGGACCAAGUUCUUCGAGAGUCACAGUUACAAGAGUGACGUGCACAAGAAAGAGUUUACAUCACCGCCGAUUUGUAGCACGCCGACGACUCCCAAACUCGUGCAGCAGCAACGCAGCUCGCUCGAGAGGAGCUACGCAUCAUCGACCAGCACCGGCCUGCGCAAAUUCGAGUCCGUGAAGGAAACGGGGCACAGAAAACUGGAGCCAACGGAGAAGAUUCUGUCAACCUCCCCGAGUCCUUCGAGAUUUGCGAAGGGUGACUUCCGCGAGAGCGACUACGAGAGCGACUAUGACGCUAGAUCGGCGUCGCUGAAGCUGCAGGCUGGUUCAGGGAAACCGACGGAGCCGAGCGUGCCGGUUGCUCCGCUGAUCGAGGAGUCACGGGAAAGCAAAGCUUCCGUGCAACGGGACUCGCAGCGCGAGCAAUACACGGCCAAACCGAAAAGCGUCCUUCUACCCGGCUCUCCGCCGGAGCUCGCGUACGCGCCGCCUCAACAAUAUUACGAGACGCACACGAGCGUGCCGUACACCAAAGCGAUCGGCACCGAGACGAAGAAGACGGUGAGGAUGGACGAGUCGACGGAGAACGCGCGGAGGGUCGUCACCGUCGAGCAGACCAGCCGCGUCAUCAAGUUCGGCGACACCGUUCGUCAGAAAGCUCAUUACCGCGUGCCGACGCCGAAGAAGUUCGUGCAGGGGCAAUUUCGCGAGUCCGAUUACGAGAGCGACGUGGACUCGAGCAGAAUCCGGCCCAAGUGGGCGCCGGCCGACAGCGACACGGAGGAGCCAUGCUACCGACGAGUUCAACCGCCCAGCACGAGGAGCCCGAGGUCGUCGAGCGCACCGGUCAGUCGGAUGCACGUCGCGUCGCCGAUGGAAUUCGACACCGGGCCUGUGACAACGUCGCUGAGCACACAGACGGAGAUGAAGAUCCUGCAGCCCGGCUCGCCGCCCGAGUACGGAUUCGUCACGAGGAGCGACGUGAAGAAGGCAGCGGACCACCUUGCAUCGCGUCACAUGAGCGAUAUGACGAGCAGCUUCAAAUCGAAAUCCGAGAAAUUCGUGAGCGAUAUCCAGUCAGACUUGAGGCAGGGUAAGCCGAUACUGAAGCAUCCCGUCGAUUCGAGAACGACCGACAGUGACGAGCCGAGAACUUACAGAGAAGAGUCGCGAGUCUCCGAACACGGAACGAAGCAUAUCGACCCGGACACCGGGCUCAUAUAUUUCAAAUACGACUUCGGCUACGAAUUCGGCAUCGUUUUACCCGGCGAAGGCAAGAGAACGGUCGAGCGCAGCAAGAAGAGCAUCCAGGGGCAGAGGCGCGCCAGCGACAUAGAAGUGCCCAUAGUCCACGAGUUCACGAGUUCCGAGAGAAAAGCGAAUGGUAUCGCGAAGAAAGGCACGUUCGCGAGCCGCCAAGGCAAGCCGGCGAAUCAAUUCGGGAGCACGAAGAACGUCAAGUGGGAGCCGGCGUCGGAGAGCGAGUUCUCCGAGGCCGAAGACGCGAGGAACUUCAAGAAGAAGCGAAUCCCCGGUGGCGAAGUGGCAGAGAGCUCGAUGACUCCCCCGAGCCUCCUUAUACCUUGCUCACCCUCCAAAUGGGAUCGCAUUACACCCAGUCCGCUUUCUCUCAGUCCGAGCUUGCCGAGCCUCUCUCCGAGAUAUAGUAGUGCCACUGGACCACCCAGCAACGUAGAAUCCGCAGGUUCACCGUGGCCGACCAGCAACGGCGUGUCGUCAAGCAAGGAGGUGAUUCAGCCGUACCUCGACGUAUUACCGAAGAAGGCUCCUGCAUUCAUCACGCCUCUGAAAGAUAUCGCGGUGGUAAGCGGGCAACCGGCUAGAUUCGAAUGUAUCGUACAGGCUGAGCCACAACCUAAUAUCCUUUGGUCGAAAGACCGUAGGAUCGUCGAAAAUUCUGCGAGCCAUGACAUCCAGUACAGGAAUGGUGUUUGUCGUCUCACUAUAUUAAGAACUUUCCCAGAUGACGCCGGGACUUAUGCGUGUACGGCAACGAAUAGUCUGGGUUCCACCGUAACGUCGGCCAGUUUGGAAAUUUCAGGUAACAGACGAUCCAUAUACGCUCCUAUUUCGUAAAAGAUCGAAUGGGCGAAGGAAGAAACGAUCGAGCGGGAUAAACGCGAAGGUGGUGGAGAAUUCGAUUGUUAACCUCGGCCUAACGGUGCCGUGGUUUCGUAUCGCUUGAUUAUGAUUUAAGCAGGCCGCAAACUAAUACGGUGAAGG